AUGGGACUACAUCUGAUGCAAAGGAAAUAUAUACUUGAUUUGCUGGCUAAAACUAAGAUGCUUGGUGCGAAACCGGUUCCAACGCCGAUGGCCUCGUCCUCUCAGCUCACGAUCAACUCCGGCAUACCUCUUACUGAUGCAAAAGAAUAUCAUAUGGCUAUUGGGAGUCUCCAAUAUCUUGCGAUGACCACACCUGACAUUGCCUUUCUGGUCAAUCGUCUUUCCCAGUUUAUGCACAAACCGACAGAUGCACACUGGCAAGCCGUGAAGCGGGUGUUACGUUAUCUUGCGGGAACUACAUCUCUCGGUAUUUUUCUCCGCCGUGAUGCUCCUCUCACUGUACACGCCUUCUCCGAUGCAGACUGGGGUCGGGACAAGGCUACCUAUGUUUCGACGAAUGCAUAUCUCAUCUACUUUGGUGGUAGUCUCGUUUCCUGGUCGUCAAAGAAACAGAGGAGUGUUUCGUGUUCAUCUAGAGAGGCUGAGUAUCGGGCUGUUGCCAACACUGCUUCUGAACUACGAUGGAUCUGUUCUAUUCUCCAUGAGUUGGGUGUCACUCUUCCUACAGCUUCGGAACACAUUCAGUCUGGGGUACUUCAAGUCGCACAAAUCUCCGGGGAUGACCAACUUGCUGACGCUCUCACAAAACCGCUACCGCCACCACGCUUUACUGAGUUGAAUUUCAAGAUUGGAGUCAAGAAGUUACCUCCAUCUUGA